UCUUGAAUAGUCUUUGAGCAGUUACUUUAGUAUUCAGAAUCUAAUGGAAAGCAGAGGCGAGACCAUCAUUUUGAGAAAAUUUAUGAAAAUAUGCAUCAGCUUAAUACUGUCUUGGAAUUCAUGAGGUGGAAGCAUAGGUCAAAGCUGUUUGAAGAAAAUUGGAAGUGCACUUUAAUAGCCACAUCUCCAAGGAAUCAGAAGAAAGUAGUGGGAGGUGGAGUCAUUGUCAAGUGAUUUCGUCCUCAACAAGAGAAUUUCAUUGAGUAAAGUCAUUUGAAUUAGUGGAAUAGCAGUUAUUCAAGGUGACAGUGUACAGAAUAUUAAAAUUGAACAAUGACUCAGCUCUGUAUUUAUAUCAGAUUAUUGGGAGCCUAUCUGUUCAUCGUUUCAUACAUCCAAGGGCAAAAUCUAGACAGCAUGCUUCAUAGCACUGGGGUGAAAUCAGACUCUGAUCCUAAGAAGGCAGAGAAUGGAGUGACCUUAGCACCAGAAGACACCUUGCCUUUUUUAAAGUGCUAUUGCUCGGGACACUGCCCGGAUGAUGCUGUUAAUAACACGUGCAUAACUAAUGGACAUUGCUUUGCCAUCAUAGAAGAAGAUGACCAAGGAGAAACCACAUUAGCUUCAGGGUGUAUGAAAUAUGAAGGAUCUGAUUUUCAGUGCAAGGAUUCUCCAAAAGCCCAGCCUCGCAGGACAAUAGAAUGUUGUCGGACCAAUCUGUGUAACCAGUAUUUGCAGCCUACACUGCCCCCUGUCGUUAUGGGUCCAUUUUUUGACGGCAGUAUUCGAUGGCUGGUUGUGCUUAUUUCCAUGGCAGUCUGCAUAAUUGCUAUGAUCAUCUUCUCCAGCUGUUUUUGUUACAAACACUAUUGCAAGAGCAUCUCAAACAGACGUCGCUACAAUCGUGAUUUGGAACAGGACGAAGCAUUUAUUCCAGUGGGAGAGUCACUGAAAGACCUUAUUGACCAGUCACAGAGCUCUGGGAGUGGGUCUGGACUUCCCUUACUGGUUCAACGAACUAUUGCCAAACAGAUUCAGAUGGUCCGGCAGGUUGGAAAAGGCCGGUAUGGAGAAGUGUGGAUGGGUAAAUGGCGUGGAGAAAAGGUGGCGGUCAAAGUUUUUUUUACCACUGAAGAAGCAAGCUGGUUCCGAGAAACGGAGAUCUACCAGACGGUGCUGAUGCGCCAUGAGAAUAUACUUGGAUUCAUAGCUGCAGACAUUAAAGGCACAGGUUCUUGGACACAGCUCUACCUGAUCACUGAUUACCACGAAAAUGGGUCUCUCUAUGACUUCCUGAAGUGCGCUACACUGGACACCAGAGCCCUGCUCAAGUUGGCUUAUUCUGCUGCCUGUGGUCUGUGCCACCUUCACACAGAGAUUUAUGGCACCCAAGGGAAACCUGCAAUUGCACAUCGAGACCUCAAGAGCAAGAACAUCCUCAUCAAGAAAAAUGGAAGUUGCUGUAUUGCUGACCUGGGCCUCGCUGUUAAAUUCAACAGUGACACAAAUGAAGUUGAUGUGCCCUUGAAUACCAGGGUGGGCACCAAGCGCUACAUGGCUCCAGAGGUACUGGACGAAAGCCUGAACAAAAACCACUUCCAGCCCUACAUCAUGGCUGACAUCUACAGCUUCGGCCUGAUCAUCUGGGAGAUGGCCCGCCGCUGCGUCACGGGAGGCAUCGUGGAGGAGUACCAGCUGCCAUACUACAACAUGGUCCCCAGUGACCCGUCCUACGAGGACAUGCGGGAGGUUGUGUGUGUCAAACGCCUGCGACCACUGGUGUCCAACCGCUGGAACAGUGAUGAGUGUCUGCGCGCGGUCCUGAAGCUCAUGUCUGAGUGCUGGGCCCACAACCCAGCCUCUAGGCUGACAGCACUGAGGAUCAAGAAGACACUUGCCAAGAUGGUGGAGUCCCAAGACGUGAAGAUCUGACACUUGCACAGGCAGGAGGGCCCCGACUGUCCCCAGGGCACUGCGGCACACCUGCAUGUGGCCCCUCCUCCUCACUUUCACAGGCUGCUAACAUUGCCCUGCCCUGCCCUGCCCUGCCCUGCCAUGCUCUGCAGGACACCACUAGGGCUCGGGACCCUGCAUUCUUCCCACAUGGACAGCUGUAUUCUAAAUGUGGUUUUUGAUGCCUUUUUAAUUGAGUUUUUAUGAGCUCCAUCAGGACUCCAAUCCUGAUUCUUAAGUCUCCAGUGGAACUCUGUGUCCUGAAUUGCCUAUUCCUAAGUGGUGCUUUCUGUGAAAGCCGUAAGAAGCUAACUGAGCAGCAGAGAUGGAGAAACCCACUUUUGCCUUCUACCUGAGAAAUGUAAUCUGUUUGUACUCUGCCUGUGUAAAGCAGCAUCCUAUGAUGAUGAGCUCCUUGGGGUGCCGCUCAGCUGACGGCAGUGCAUCCUGCCCUUCUGGAUACUGGUGUGUGCGUGGAUGCGCCAGGAUCCCUCUGCUGCCCGUGGAAUUAGAAGAAAAUGAUUUAUGAAUGCACAGGAAGAGGCUGGUGGCUGGUGGUUUUGUGCUUUAAAAAUGCAAUAUGUGGCCAAGAUUUGCCAAUUUGUAAUAGCCAUUUGUCUUGCAAGUGAGGUAGCUUCCCCAGCAACUUUGUCUUUUAACAUAAUAGUUGCUGUAAAGGCCAAAAGAAGUUCAAAGUGUCUGUAAAUUUAGACUUUUUUUUUCUGCUGCCAUCCUUUUUCAUUUUUUGUAAUUAUUAUUUCAUCAUGAAAAGCAUCCUAUCCAGAGUUGGAGCUUCCAAUGCCAUGAACUGUGUUGAUAAAGCAACCACUUCUUAUUGAAGUGGAAUUACUGCAUCUGGUAGCGAUGUAAGUGCCUAAAUCAUGUUCUGCAUCCUUUACUCACAGUAACUUUUAAAAGGGAAGUUAUUUAUGUUGUGUGUAUAAUGUGCUUUACUUGCAAACCCCCUCCUUUCCAGCUGAGUUUAUGUAUGUACAUACAUUCAUGCUACAGUGGCCAGUUCUCGGAGCCUCACAUCCUGUCCUUGGGGUCAGGUUGGUGUAGGUCGAACACAUACGAACUUUCAGAGUGUGAGCAACUUCAGGCAAAGACUUCAUUGAGAUAUCAUCUCAGUGGUCCUUUGCUAAAGAAUUCUAUAAUUAGAGAUUUAUGUGUCAGAGCUGAUAUAAAUUGAUCCAUACUCGUAAUAUGUUUUAGAUAUCUAAAUCAUUUGAGACUUUUUGAGGUUUUGUUUCUGGUCCCUAACUAGUGAAGAUGAGGAAGAGCCUGGCAGAGGUGUGCAGUACUCCUGUCUGUACCAUGUAGCUCUUAUUCAGGAAAAUGAUACCAAUUUUAUAUACAGUAGAGGCCUUGUUAUCUGAGCAAUACUGGGUCCCUUAAACUUACUGUGCUUCUGUAACACCUUUGAAAUGCUUUUCUCUUAUUCCCAACAAUCAACUCAUGAGAGCAUCAAGUGAGACAGUGUCCUUUGAAUGUAACAGGAAAUAAGUGUGAUUGUAUCACAACAUGGCCAGAAAGGUUUGAAUUCAAUGGGGGAAAUCAGAGCAUACAUACAUCCAUCACCAAAAUCUUGACUGUCAUUUAAGGCCAAAACUUAAGACAUUGUCCUUAUGCCAGAUUUAACAAAGCUGAAACUUGCCUUAAUCAUGUGUUUAAUAAGUUUCAUUUAACAUAAAGUUUUAAGUGUUCGUCAAAUAAAUCUGCAUAUUAAUAGUAUCCACUAAUAUGCUUCCAGAAUGUGGCUCCCUCUCCCUGUGGAGAAGCACAGAUACUGUAAUCACAAUCAUUGUGUGAUUUGAGAAUACUUACAAGAUCUAUUUACUUCGUUAACUUUGAUUCAUUUUUCCCUUGGUAAACUUUGUCUUGAAAGCCAUUUAUCACCUUAAUAAAGAAAAUACGUAAAGAAAUGCCAGUUCACCCUUAGAAAGAGCUGGUAUGUGGAGGCAAAAGAGAUGACAGAGACAAUAUAAAUCACUACCAUGAGUUUUUAAAAUUAACUUGGCCUAGUAAAUGACAUCAAGAAUUAACUUCAGAAGUUUGAUUAAUGAAAGCAUUUUCUGUAUAACAUGUUACAAAGCAAAUCCUGCCAUAUUUGUAAUUUUUAGAUUUUAAUCUGAAAAUGUUGCGUGAAACUUACUGCCCUCUUAAAUUUGAAGUUCAUCCAGUAAGUGAAAUAUUCAAAGUCCAACAAGAGAACAUACUGUGUUUAUCAUAGUUAAUAAUUUGUAAAACCCUGGAAGCCAUUAUUUGAUCCUACUUAGAAUUUUAGCAUUUUAACAAUUUGUGGCUUCAGUCAGUCAUUUAAAUAAUUAAAAAAUAAACACAAACUAGAAAAUCUCACAGACUACCUGAAUAUAAGCAGCAAAAAUUAAUGGUCAAAGAAAAUUCUCCUUGUGAAUUUUUAUGCUGGCCACUAUCUCUAGAAUUUAAGGCACAUUCCACCUCCCUUCCAACUGCGCCUGCGUGCUGAGCACGGCCUUCAGGGGGCACCUGAGUCGGGCUUUUCCAGUCUUCAGUAUUGCCUUGCCUGUAUUCCAAAGUGCUUCUAAACUUAGAAAAUGACCUUUAUUCUUUGUAAGUUGUUUUCCUAGAAUGUGCCAGGUUUUUAUUUAUUCACUCUUAACAAAUACACAGUACCUUUUCUUUUCAGGUUCAAUUUUUCUGGUUAGAACAAAAAACCCAGGUUUUUUGGGGGUUUUUUUGGUAGUGGGGAUCGAACUCCGGUCCUUGUGCUUGUGCAGCAGGCAGCGAAACCACUGAGCUAAAUCCCCAGCCCUAAAAACCCAGUUUUUAAAGAAUCAUGCAUCUCUGAGUUGGCCUGAGGUAAAUCUGAUCGUGAAAAGUUUAUCUCGGGACUACUUUUAUAAAUUUUUUUUUGGUACUAGGGAUCGAACUCAGGACCUUCCGCUUGCAAGGAGUCAAGAUCUCCCCCGCCCCCCCAGGGAUUGAACUCUGGACCUUGCACUUGCAAGGCAGGUGUGGCACCUCUGAGCUAAAUCCCAGGCCCUUACUUUUAUCAAUUUAGAACACAUUUCUUUCCAUAUAUGUUGUUUUGGAGCAUUUCUAAAUAAGCAAAACAACUUAAUCACAGAAAAUUGAUUUUCCAAAAGAUGGCUACAGCCUCGUUCUGGUGGAAAGUGAUAAUAUUCCAGGUGCCUGGUGUCAGAUGCCAACACAGCAGGCAGCAGUUUGUCUUUGUACCAUAGAGCUGUGAGCCGAGUCACGGUGGGAACUGCGAAGAGGACAUACAUAGCCUGAGAACCAGAUUAAGGUGGGUGUGGUGCUGCACACCUGUGAUCCCAGCACUCAGGAGGCUGAGGCAGGAGGAUGUUGAGAGUGCAAGGCCAGCCUGGGCUACAUAGCCAGACCUUAUCUCAAAAACCAAAAGAAAAAAAGAACCAGAUUAAGUGUAGGACAGCAGCAAAUAGACCCUCUUGUCAGGACCGCAUUUGCAGAAGGUGAACCAUGUCACGUUAAUGCUAGCUGUGCUCUGUCCUCUGCUUCACGGAAUUAUUUAAGCUCUUUUAGUGACCUUUAUCCUUUCCCACUGAAAACUAAGAUGUAGUAUAUGUUGUAUAAAAUGAAGAUAUCAAUAGACCUAAUUAGGGAAACUGUACAUAGGCAUUGAAAAGGGUAAAAACAAGCAGUUUUAUUAUGCAAUUGUAAAACACCAAAAAUCCAGAUCUUUGAUACAUAACACACUAAAUGUAUUUUGUACAGCAUCUGCUUUAAAGGGUGCCUUACUCAGUACCAUUAACUGCUUUGUUCUAUAUACAGAUUAUGUCCAAUGUAUCAUUUUUAAGUAAAUAACCUUAUUUUAGUACACUGUA